CGGGAGCUGCCGCCGCCGCUGCAACCAACGUUGCAACCAACGCUUGCAUGAGCAUUUAGCAAAAUCCAGGCAUGGCUGACUCUUUCAGUCAAGAGACAGUUUUGGAUUACCUCCUUCAGCACCGCGGGAAGGUGAGGAAUGCGGAUCUAGUCGCCCAUUUCAGGCUCUUCCUGAGCGACCCCGAGCGGCGGCUGCAGAACCGCGAGCACUUUAAGAAGUUUGUCAACUCGCUGGCCGUGGUGAAGGUGCAAGACGGCGUCAAGUACGUCCUUCUGAGGAAGAGAUAUGUGGAAUUCAUUCCCGAAGAAGAAUCCAGUUCUGGCGACGCGGGGCUCGGGCGUGCAGAUACAGGAGAGAAUGAGGGGAUCUCGCCUGCGGACACCAGGCAGGUUCCGCAUCUACCGAGUGAACCCGGAGCCGAUGUAGGGCUUCAAGGGCUCGGGGCACCGAAAGGGAGCGACAAGAGUCGCCAGUCUCCCAGAAGUUCAACCGGAGCGGUGUCGGACGUGUCCCGGGCUGUUGUACAGGCGGCAAAGGACCGGGCGAAAGGGUUACAAGGUGGAGACCGCGCUUCUGUGGUGAGUCUCACACAACUUGAGGCCAGGGAAGGUCGCGAAAGGGCCAGCGGGGACCAACCCCGGGGUCAAAAGGAUCGCACGACAGCGAACAACAAGGUCGAGGAGUCGGUUGCUCACAAGUCAAAAGUACAGAGGUCUGGAGAUCGUGAAAUAAACUCUGCAGCGAAUGUUUUGUGUACGGGUGAGGCUGCCAGGUUGUUAAACGGUGAAGGCAAUCGCGCCAACAAUUUCGAUGAACCUGUUUUAGGUUCUUCCACAGCCUCGCCUAUCCUUUCUUAUGCCGCCCCGCCUGUUGCUCAACAUAAAGGGAGUGGGAGACCUGCCCAUAAAAAACUUCCCAACUGUAGUGCUGAGAUUAUAUCUGUAAAACCCGUUCCUGAAAAAACAUCGCAUAAAUCUGAACAUAAUUCCUUCGCGAAUUUCGUGGAAGUCAACCCUUCUCAGAGGAUAGAGGGAAUUGCAUCUUCUCCCAGUGAUACAGCAUUGAUCAACCAUCGUGUAAGCCCCUCAUCAUCGAAGAAACACAGCAGCAACGCAAAAAUAUGGCAAGAACAAUCAGCUGGUGGCGACGCUAAGCUAUUUGUAAGUUCAGAAGAAUGUAUCCCAACGAAGCAGGGAAAACUGAAUGAUAGACUACAUGCUGGAAAUGGGCAGCAAAUGGGUAACAGUCAGCAUCGUGAAGGAGAAAACACAUCAGCCAAAAACCAUGCGUCUCCUAAAGUGACCAAGAGCAAGGAGCUUCCUCACAAAAUCCAACCAUUGUCACCAGUCAAUAACCAUCACACUGUUUGUAAAAUGACUGAUGGAAAUUUAUCUCGGAACGCAAGGGAUCGGCCAGAAUGUUUGGUCCAGGCAACGAGCCUCAAGGAGCAGAAAGAAGAGGAACUGUCAGAAGUGAAAGAGCGAUCCGACGAUUCUUCAUUGGUUCCACUUGAUUCUAAAGAGCAUGAAUGGAUAGUGAAAACAUCUGCGGGUAUGUUUGAAGAGGCCUGCGCCUUGUUCUCCGAGGACCCCAGCAUUGGCAUGAAAAAGGAUUUUAUUUCUGGAUAUACAGUACUUCACUGGAUAGCAAAGCAUGGCAACUACCAUGCACUCAGUAAAUUCUUUGGUUGUGCAAGGAAACAGAGAACAAAAUUAAAUGUGGACAUUAAAUCUACAUGUGGGUACACUCCUCUGCACAUAGCCACAAUGUAUGGACAACUAAAAGUCAUUAAAUACUUAGUUAACAAAUAUCAUGCAAAUUUUAAUAUAAGGGACCAUAGUGGCAAAAAACCCUGGCAGUACCUGAAUUGUGAUGCUUCUGCAGAUGUUUUCUACAUGUUGGGUGCUCCUGAAUGUAAGCAAGCAAAGCCUGCACAGAUAAACAGUACAUUUUCAGCAAAGGACAUCAGUAGACAAAAAUCAUCUCCUACUGUUAGUAGAAAAACAUCAUUUUCUGCUCUCCUUAAAUCCCCCCAUCUAAUGCAAAGAUUUAUGCACUUGAGCUCUGAUAAUUUGUUUGCAAUAAGUGAGGAAGAUGACAAAAAUAAAAACUGAAAUACAGCCAAAUCUAAAUAAUUCAGAAUAUCUUAUAUACAAUAUUUACUUGUAUUCAUUACGAUUGUGUUUUAACAAUUUAAUUUAUUCAGAAACCUAUUGUGUUUUGAAACAAACUAAUUUUCUUUAAAUAUUUUAUUAAGUUUUAUCUCCAAAGUCAAGUUUAGACCAUGGAACAAUCAUAAGAAUCAUUGCAUUCAUUAUUAAAUUAAAAUAUAAUAAAUUGUGAAA